AUGCCCCGACGCUUCCUGCCCCGCCGCCAGGAGGUGAGCGAGUUCAUCCGCACCCCUGAUCACAUCGUGCUCGUUGCUGUGGAUCGAUACAGCCCCGAAGAGUCGUCGAAGACCGAAGCUGUUAUCCCCGCGGACAAUGGCUGGUCACCCCCAGAGGCUGGCGCCGAAGUGGUUGUAGGUCUGGGAAUCUGGAAGUUGGAGCCGACCUCGGAACGGAUAGGCCAGUUUCAGAAUGACAACGCCCCAUACCCAGCGCUACCUCCAUACGAUUACAAAGACCUCAACCGAGAGCGUGCUGACAAGUUUGCCGCCGUCGCUGUGGCCGGGGAGAAAAAAUACUUCCACGGCUUAUCCAGCAUGGAAAGGAUUGUUGUUCAUCCAGCAUACUGGAGGCGCGGUCAUGGGUCGGCAGUGGCUCGGUGGGGAGUAGCCUUGUCCGACAUCGACCAGCUUGAUCAAGGAGUUGCCGCAACCAGCAUGGGAGCAAAACUGUUCAAGCACGUUGGCUAUGAGUGGCUGACUGACCUUCAUGUGAAGGGCGAUGAUACAAAUCCAGAAGGGGUCAUGUUCUCGCUUCUCAAACACAAGGCCAUGGGGGAUCCAAAGAACAAGUGGUGCGUGAUGAUAGUUUAUCCUUCGCAUUAG